UUCAAAAUAAAACUUCGCUUAAUUCAUCGUUGAGUCGUACUACUUGAAAAUCGAGAUUCCUCCGGCUGUUACUUCAUUUUCGAUCGGCGACAGUGGAGGUGCAAAAGUUCCAACAGAUCGCGCCACGAUCGCCUGCGAGCGCCACGAGCCUCCGUUGAGCUAGCAGAAAAUAUCAGAGAUUUAUAGGUUAUAGUAACUUAACCGUACACGGUUUGUUGACAAAAGUGAAGACUAAAAACCUAUCGCGAAAUAAAUCCCAUGUAAAAUGUAUAAUCAUGUAAGAAGAUGCCUCGUGAUCUCCGUGAAUCUUCGUAGACAAUUCCUGACGCAAUCGAUUCCACCGGCGAGUGCUCCGUACCAAAACGAUUAUUACGCGAACGCGUGCCGUCCUCGAAACGAUGCGGCGUGCAAGCGGUUUUAUUGUCAGCCGGUCGAGAAGUCGGAAGAGGAAGCACCGCAGGAAGAAGAAAAAUCGGAGGACGAGAAACCAGGGAAAAGUGGAAACCGGCACAUCGAUUCGCUUACAAAGAUGUACGAGGAGUAUCAGUCUAACCCUGAGACGAAGAAACGCCUGCAGAUAUUGGAGCUGGAGGUGGACGUGCUGCGACACAACGCCGGGAAGGUUCCCGAGGUUCUCAGGCCUAAGGACUGGGUUGCGCUUGAGAGACUGCCGACCAAGUCACAGAGAAUGAAGCAUCUUCGCUUUUUGUGGCGCAACGAGAGGAUAACUGCCAACCUAAAGGCGGCGAAGGAACAGAAGAGGGCCCAGUGGAUGGCCACUAAAGAGGCGGCGGAGCCGGUCGAAGACACCGGCGAAAUGAAGUAUGGACUCCAGUACAACUCGCUGUUCGUACGCAUCUACCCGACGACCAUGGCUCACGGCUACAACUGCAAACUGAUGCAGGCGAUAAUGUUCGAGCCGAAGAUCGUGAUCGACUGCGGCUACGAGGAGAACAUGAACUACCGGGAGGUGCACAACUGCGCCAAGCAGCUGCAGAUGUCGUUCGCCGCGAAUCGCGCUCACGUGAGUCCCCUGCACCUGCACUUCUGUUGCCUGAAGAAGGGCGGACUGCUCGAGGAGUUCUCGUACGUCAACAUACCCAGCUUCCUGGACGUCGACUUCCCAGCGACGGUGACGUCGCAGUCCUACUUGGACCUGUUCCCGAGGGAUCAGCUGGUGUACCUCACCCCGCACUGCAGGGCGGAAAUGACCGAGUACGAUCCCGACCUGGUGUACAUCAUAGGCGCGAUAGUGGACAAGGUACAGCCGCAGCCUCUGUCCUUGGCGAAGGCCAAGAAGGAGGGUAUCCGCAUGCUCAAAUUGCCCGUGGACAAGUACCUCGAGUGGGGCAGCGGUUCGGGCAAGAGCUUCACGAUCAACCAGAUGAUGAAGAUAAUGUUAGACCUGAGACACACGGGCGACUGGAACCUGGCGUUGCAAAAUGUACCGUCCAGAAAACUGAAAGCGGCCAGGGAGUACAGCUUUCAGAGGAAGCUCAGCCGGUCGGCGGCGCGCCUCGCCCUGAACGCGCGGGACGGAACGGAAGAGAGUAAAAGAAUAGCGGUCCCCACGGACCCACAACGGACUCAGACUCAGACGAACACACGACGGACGUAUUCAGACAGCAACAGCGAAUCUGGUAUCCGGGACUUCAGAUUUUCCAGUAGAAAAAAGAAUGUAUCAUAGAAAGUAUUUUCUAACGAGCUGUACAUAUUAAGACCGUUGAUUACUACGAUUACAACAAUCUGUGAAAACGA